AUGCGAAAUGAUCAAGUGAAGUGGAAAUACAUUCUGAAUGUGAGUGGACAGGAACUGCCGUUGAGAACGAAUUGGGAGUUGGUUGCUGCAUUGAAGGCGAUAAACGGUUGGAAUGUCGUUGAGAACUUGGGGUACAAGGAUUAUCGUGCUAGAUGGCCUGAUCGGAAUUUCAGCUUUCCUAUACAUUGGAGCAAAGGCAGCUUCUACAUGGCACUCAGUCGACGUUUUGUCAAUUUCUACCAAACAGAUUCCACAGCUCCUGAAAUACUCAGUGCAAUGAAGACUGAAAGACAUUUGAGAAAACAUCCAGAUGAACUUUAUUUCCCAACGUUGAUGUACAAACCUUUAUUUGGCGCUCCUGGAGCCUGUAAAGAAUUCUAUCUCUCCAGUCAAUCAGAUCCACGGGCCCAAUAUAUAGGAAAAUAUGUGAGAAGGGGUUAUAAACAUUGUAUCUCGGGUAAGAGCUUUAAUGGUAUGUGUCUAAUUGGCUUAUACCUUUCUCAAUUUAUACCAACUCGAAUGGAAUUCUUCGCCAAUAAAUUUCGAGAAGAAUUUCAACCGAUCGCCUACGACUGUACAGAGCAUUAUGUGAUGCAGAAGAUUUUGAGAGAGAUGAGAACGAAACAACUGGAUCCAAAUUUCAAUGUGACGUUUUAUUCACAACUUUAUUGUUCACAGUACCAUUUCAAUUGA